ACGCACAAUAACUGGAAGGACGAUGCUGCGCCAAGCCACCACCGCACGCUGGCUGCCUGCCACCGGAAGCCGCCUGCACCGCGCGUUGCACCGCAUGGCGCCGCUACACAUUGCGUCCGAGGCUCCAAGUAGCGCGCCGACGGCCAAGCCGCCAGCGUCGCCCGAGAACAUCCGGGCCACGAUCAGCAAGCACGUGGCGACGAUCAAGAAACAGGCGGGGCUCACGCCGGCGUUCUGGGGCAACGUGUCGACGACGUUGGCCAAGUGCCGGACGCCCGAGCAGUUGGCCGCGACGGCGCCGCUCCGGUCGCUGCCGAUGGCGUGGCACUCGUCGACACCGGCCGUGCAACACGAGAUCGUGCGCAUCUUGCUGGCGACGCAGAACGUAGAGACGGCGAUGGCGCUCGUCGAGAGUGCGCCCGAGUACCCGCUGCACAACCGCAACGUCGCGCGCUUGCUCGGCGCGUGCGUGCGGCACCGCAACCUCGCGUCCGCAGGGUUUGCGCUCUACGAGCGGUUGCUCGCCCAAGGCACCGUGCCCAGCCUUCCCGUCUACCACGCCGUGCUCCUUCUGGCGUUGAAAGCCAACGACCCGACCCGAUUCCACGACGUGCUCACGCACAUGGAGACCGUUGGCGUGCCUCUGGAUGCCAUGUGCCAUGGCCUUGCCGUGCGCAUGGACUGCCGCCAACGCCGCUUCGAGUCGGCCCUGGACCGGUACCGGCUCAUGCAGCGCGACCAAAUGCACCUCAACGUCAUCGUGCUCAACGAGCUCCUCGACGGGCUCUGCGAAGCAGGUACGUACACUGACGCACUCGAGGUCUUCGAGUCGGCGGUCGCCAAAGUUGCCAAGCGAGGGUGGAACCAAAAGCCGGAUGCGAAAGUGAAUUUGAGUCCGGAAGCCAAGGCGAAAGCCGAGCACGACGACAAGCGGCCGGUGAACGAGGUGACGUACAACAUCAUGAUGAAGCUCUGCGGCCGCCAGCAGCGCCUCGACGAAGUCUUCAAGUGGUACGAAGACAUGAAGGCGAAGGGCAUUGCGCCAUCGACGACGACCAUCAACACGCUCAUGCACGCCGUGUACCACGGCAAGUACCGCAGCGUCGACUCGGAGAAAGUGUACGCCGCGCUCGCGACCGUCGGUGUCGUUGGCGCCGGCACGCUCUUCGUCUCGGACCUCUCGGAGGCGACGGCGUCGGUCGCGAUCACGGCCAGCGUCCUCAUGUCGCUCGGUCUCGGGAUCUACAUGAACCCGUUUGGCGUUCAAAAGUCCAUUUACCCGAACGAGACGACGGCCAAGGAGCCCGUGCCGGCUGCGAUGCUGCGGCGCCUCGACGAAGAAGAGCACAUUGGACGACUUGUCUACCUCUGGCACGAACUUCUCGGGUACGGCCUCCGUCCCGACGACGCCACGUAUGACAUUUUUGUCCGCACGAGCGUCCGGAAGCGCCACCCGGACAUUGCGGUGGCGACGCUUCUCGACGCCAACAACCCGAAUUCGUUUACGGCCCGGCGGGCGGUCGAGAAGGAUGCCUUUGUGCUGCCACUGCCGCUCGAAACAACGAUCCGGCUGCUGCAGUCGCUCGUGAGCCAGAAUCUGCUGCCGCAAGUCGACGACGUGAUUGCGCUUGCGUACACGUCGCGCGGGUUGACGAGCAUCACGUCGACGUCGCCGGGCCGGCUCACGCGGUUUCGACUGGUGCCGUUCGGGGCGCCCAAGGUGACGGCGCUCGUGCUGAGCCGCUUGCUGCGACUCUGGCUCGACGAACACUACCCAAAGGACAAGCUCCACGCGCGCAUUCAUGAUACCGUGGCAUUCGAUGUCAUCCAGUGCCACACGGUGCUCGACUACCUCGACACGAUCGACCCGGAGAUCCGCGCAUCCUUUGCGUUUGAAGAAGUCCAAGUCGCCGGCAACGGCAACGGCGUCCUCCACUUCAACCGCGCGCGUCUGCAAAAAUACAUUGUCAAUUUGGCCUAAGACACAGGUCUACAUACAAGUAUAUCAUGUAUAGAUCAGACGAGUUGUCCACACGUUUGCAUAAGCUUGUG